AUGAUUGAUAAUAAUAAUAACAACUACCCUAAUAACAUUAAUAAUAAUAGCAGAAACGCUAAUAAUAACAACAAUAGCACUGCAGAUAAUCUAUCACAAGAAGAACAGCGAACGAGAAUUCCCAAUAUUUCAUUUUCAUUUAUAAUUAACAAUAACAAUAACAACAACGAUAAUAAUGGCCAUAAUAACUUGCAACAAAAUUCAGGAGAUCGAAUAGCAAGUGAACAAACGAAUAAUAACAAUAAUAAUAAUGACAAUCACAACGAUACAAAUAAUAAUGGUAAUGGUCAAGAAUUUCAUUUUUUUAUAAUGCCAUUCCCGGCAAUGAAUGGUGAAAAUCCAUCACAAUUCGUUUUCUUUGCACCAAUUAUCAUGACACCGCCAGAACCUCCAAAAAGACCAAACGUGCCCGAGAGUAUAAUGAAAAAAUUGCCUAUUGUUAAAAUUACCAAGGAACAUGUUGAUUCACUAGCAACUUGCUCAAUAUGUUUGGAACAUUUUCAUAUACAAGAUAAUACUUGUCCUUUAUGUAGAUAUGAACUACCUUCUGAAGAACCGCAGCAACAACAAGAAUCUAAUAACAUCAAUGACAUUGCCACCAAUAACCAUGACAGUAAUGAAUCAUCUAUUGAGUCAACAAAUGUUCCUUUAUCUAAUACUUUAUCUAACAUGAAUGAGGGAUUGCCUACAUCAUCAUCAACUUCAUCUUUAAAUCAUUCAAAUCUAGGUUGUGCUCUAACAAAUCUCGGAAUAUGUGAAGUAACUAAUAUAAACAAUAAUGAUGACAAUAGUAAUAGUGAUGGUGGGGCAGUCGGAAGUUUAUCUUCAACAAUAAUAACUUUACCACAAUGCCAUCAUAGAUUUCAUGCUUCAUGUCUAAGAAACGCAUUACUAAUAUCAGGAUAUUCAUUAGAAUCGAAUUCAUUAGACUUUAGGUGUCCAAUAUGUCGUGCACUUCCACUUAUAAUCAACUUUAAUGAUGAAAUGGAUUUAGAUUAA